AUACAAUGAUUAGAAAGAUCAUAGUAACACUAUAUUGGCUUCAUUUACAGAAUUGCAGCAGUUACAUUUGUGACAUGGUUAUGACUUGCAGACUAGCAUUCAAUUUGGAAGUGAUUUAUACAGCUCAUGUAUUUUUUGGGAUGAAUCUGCAAACCUGUUAGUGACUCAAAGACAUCAGGUUUAAAGCUUCGUUUACUUCCCUGCCCUGCCAAGCACAAUAAAUAAUGUGGCAGGCCGGGGCCUUUUGUGUCCACACAGAUUCCUUCUUUUGCCCGGGGUAGGCGGAAAUCGAGGCGUUUGAUCUGAAUUCUAAAGAGUCUUGUUGCAGCCCAAUGAAGGCUGCCAUUGUAUGUAAAUAGUUUAUAUAAGAGCAUAUGACUGCUACGGUGCAGGGCACUGGCUAGUGGCGGAGGAAUGAUUAGCAUUUUCCUAACGCAUGGUGUUCUCAGCCAGCCUUCUGGCUUCCUAAAAAUCUCAAAAUAUUUCAAAUAAUUUCUUCUUUGUACACAUUUUUGUGUACCACCACAGCUGAAGCUUGAUGCUCAAGCUACACCUCAAGAUGGUCAUCUUUGGACCCGGCGCUGCUUACGCCGCUUGCACCGCUGGCUGAGUCUGACCUGGAGUCGAAAAUGAACUGGGGGACCUUUUAUGCCGUGAUCAGCGGCGUAAACAGGCACUCUACCGGCAUUGGACGCGUUUGGCUCUCCGUCAUCUUCAUCUUCCGUAUCUUGGUCCUGGUGGUGGCUGCUGAGAGCGUUUGGGGAGAUGAGAAGUCCGGCUUCACCUGCAACACCCAGCAGCCUGGCUGCAACAGCGUCUGUUACGACCAGUUCUUCCCCAUCUCGCACAUCCGCCUGUGGGCGCUCCAGCUCAUCCUGGUCUCCACCCCCGCCCUGCUGGUUGCCAUGCAUGUGGCCCACCGACGCCACAUCGACAAGAAGAUCCUGAAGAGGACGGGCCGCGGCACCCCCAAGGAGCUCGAACACAUCAAGAACCAGAAGUUUCAGAUCACAGGAGCUCUUUGGUGGACAUACAUGAUCAGUGUCAUCUUCAGAAUCAUCUUGGAGGUGGCUUUUCUCUACAUCUUCUACUUGCUUUAUCCUGGCUUUAAGAUGGUGCGGUUGGUAAAGUGCGAUUCGUACCCAUGCCCCAACACAGUGGACUGUUUUGUCUCCAGGCCGACAGAAAAGACCAUAUUCACCGUGUUCAUGCUGGCAGUGUCUGGGGUGUGUGUGCUGCUGAACCUGGCUGAGUUGGUAUACCUCAUAGGCAGGGCCUGCAAACGCUGCUUACGAGGCUCUGAGGAAGAGUCCAAAGUAGCUUGGAUAAGUCAACGAUUGUCAACUUAUAGACAGAAUGAAAUCAAUCAGCUUAUAGCAGACCAUUCUCUCAAGUCUAAAUUACAUGUGACCAAAAAGAGCCCAACUGAGAGGGGUGAAAUGUGUUCUGCUUUCUGAGACUCGGCCUCUCCUGUUCCUGUUUAACUAAUCAACAGUAACCACACACGUCCCUGGAGUAUGUUGCUCUGCAUUAAUGUCACAUAUUCUGUAUAUUUCAUCAUUGUCAGCAGACACAUUUAGACUAUUUACGCAUCACUCAGUCUACCGCUUAUUAAUUCAUCUGUUUUUUCUUUGUUAUUGGUUAUACUGACACAAGUGUUGCUCUUGGAACUCGUCUAAACUAUUUGGAGCCAGUAGUGAAAGUUAAAGGACCAUAGCAUACCGGUGUUUUAGUCCACUUACUAAAACACAUUACAUUGUUGUUGAUUUUAGUGGUGUCAUUUGACCAGCAAGGCGCAGCAAACAUGCUUGUGUGUGUUGAGUGACAAUACAGUUCAAAAUAUGGAUUUGUUUGAAAAUCCUGCAUAUGUGUUGGCACACUGUUUAGAAAUCACCAGUUGCUGCCACGCAGUUGUAUUUACAAGCUAUGAUGCAUGGGAAGUAUGCCCAUUAAGCACACAUUGAUUUGAAAUAUGAAUAUUUAUUAUUUGGCAUUAUAAAAGGUUUCUGUGAGAAAAAAACUGUACUGGUUUAUCUCCAGCACAUGAAUCUACUGCGCAGCAGAUUUGUCACAUUCAGCCACAUAUCAGCUGCUUUGUCACGCAACAUAAAUGUAGCUUUGACACAAAAAAGGAAACAGGAAGCUGUCCGGAACGCUCAAAAAC